UCAUUUACAUUAUUACACCGCAUCAACGUCUCUUUUAGACACGUGAUUGUGUAACUUCUCAUUCCCCCACCCCUUAUUCUUUUUCAACUCCUCUACCUGAAAUGUUUUCGCGUUAACUAAAUUGUUCUCCCAACCACCCGCUUCAGUGAUCGGGCCAUCUGAAAAACUCUCUGCAAGUUCCUCGUCGCUGCGGAUUUUGUCAGUGAACAGCUGUACCCACUCGUCCAAUUUUCGGCAAAAUCGGUUUAACGAUUUAUGUUUUUGUUGUGUUUAAAAUAUAUCACACACGAUUACCGACAAAACUUUAAAGUCACGGUCAAUAAAGUUAUACACGAAUACGCACACAUACUACACAAACAUACAGACGUAUGAUGUAAAUACAGAGUAUAAUUAAAGGAGAUAAAAAUACGAAUGUAAAAUACCAUCACGACCAGUGACAAUCUACAUCAACCGUAAAUACAAGACAUCGAUAGACUUGGGUAUACCAACCGCAGCUGCUCACGAGAUUAGCAGCAACAACAACAAAUCAACGUUUCUUCUAUUUGUCCCCAGGAUACAAAAGAGUAGUGGGAGAUAUAAAAGACAUGAAACGUGAAGUGUAAUCAUUAUUGAUUAUGUUAUGCUAAUAUAGAGGUUAAGAGGGCUAUAUAUUGUUGUUAAAAAUACAUCGUGUAUAUUACUGUUGCCUUCAUAAACCCUCACUGAUAACGAAUAUAUUUAUAUAUAUACAAAUACUUUCACUCGUAACCACUUGCACGCACAGAAAGUCACAUGCACCUACACAUGCAUUAAAUAUAAUACAAGUCACAGCUAAGUAUUGGCUUUGUUCUCCUCCGCCCCCGCUGUUUUUUCCCCUCGAUUGUUUUCAUAGUUACACGUUUGAGUAAUUUUCUAUAAGAAACAAAGAAAAUGUAUUAUAAAAUGUCAGACCUUUUAAAUUUGGCGUUGGCCAGUCCCAAGAUUGGAAUGAUAAACUGUUUUAUGUUACAUACUUUGCUACAUGCUAUUAUUAAACGAUUAGAUAUAGGUGACACUAGAGUUAAGGUUCCUGAGAGACCAGAUGAAGUUGUGAUUCCUCUUCAAAAAGAACCAGUCCAUAAGGAAAUAAAAACAGGAGAGGCAGGACAUAGGUCUACACAUGGAAUCCUCACUGACAUUCAGAGACAGCCACAACCUGAGAUAGCUGCUCAAACUGAUGAGACUAUGACAACUGAUUCAUUUAAACCAACCGACAAGCAAGUAAAAAUAGGUUCUGAAAUAGAACUUUCAGUUACAGCUUUACCAAAACUGACAAUUUCAAGACAGAGUUCAAUACAAGAAUUAGUGAAAGAUUUUGAUGAAGAAUUAAGUGAAACAGAAUUUAGGUCGCUUAGAUCUUCUUCAAAAGUAAGUAUCCACAGUGCUUCUGAGGGUACCGUUGAUUAUCCAUCAAGAUAUUAUUCAAUUGACGGAAUAAAUGAGACAACGAUAUGUGGAAUCCCAUAUGUGGAAUCUCAAAUCAAUGAUCUCCUUAACAAAUUAAAUCAUUUCCCACCGGUGGAAAGCAUGGAGAAGCUUUUUGAACUCCUUGAAAAUCAUUCACUAUCAAGAAAAGAAGAAGUUGAAAAAGUUAUGAAUGCAAAGGCAGAAUUCUUGAAAAAUGUUGGAGCAAUUUUGGAUAAAAUUCAAUUAAUGGAUGUGAGAUUGAAAAAAUUUGAAAGUAUAACAUUUGUCUACAAUAUUGAAGAAAUAAUAAGCAAAUUGCAUUCACUGGAUAUGAAGCUAGAAGAACUCCAAAAUGCGUCAUUGUUGAAGAGUCUUGGAGAUAUUAUGAAUAAAAUUCUGAUAUUGUCUGACAAACAAGAAGAAAUAAUACAUAGGCUGGAAAAAGCAGAAGAUGACAUUGCAAUCUUGGAAGUUUUUAUGAAGCAACUUGAAGUUAUGGAAUUAGAAAAACAGAAGCAGAAAGGUGAGCAAGGAGGUUCAUUGGUACAGUUUGACCUAGGAUCAACAUCCAAGUCUGUUCUUAGCAUUGAUUUACAACGACAAAACUCACAAGAACAGAAGCUUACUCAUCGCUUGUUCCAACUCGAAAACGAAUUGUCAGAUAUUAAAUCAUAUCUGUUUAAGAAAAGAAGGCCUUCACAGGUUUCAUAUCUGACACCAUCCACUUCACCUUAUGCACAAACCUCUUCAAAAGAAAUAAUAACAACUGAGGACCAGUUGGAUGAAUUGAACAAACAUAUGGAAAGAUUUCUCAGACGAACAUCAAUGUCAGCAUCCCAAAAUAUCUAUAAUCUGACGGAACAAAUUGAAACCCUUCACGAAAAUAUAAAAAAUCUCUCGAUCAACAUUAAAUCAUUGGAAACAGCAAAAGGGUUUUUAGAACAAAAUGUACAACAGUUGUGGAAAGAAAUAAAGCAUCUCCAGGAAAUGAUAGCAGAAGAUGUUGAUGUUCUAAACCGUUUAACAGUGGCCGAAAGGAAAUUGGAUUUGAAAAUUGAAAUUUUGGAGGAGAACGUUAAUUUAUUGAACGUUGAUAAUAAGAGGCUGAAGAAUGCAAUAUCUAAUAUUGAACUUGAAAAAUUCAGCAAAUCUACCAUAACAUUAAAUGCUGAUCAGGAUCCAUCUAAGAUAAAAUGCAUUUCAGCUUUAACUCCACAUGAAGUAAAUCAGGUGACCAAGGAACUUGAGAAACGUAUUGAAGAACAGAAAAAGUAUUUUACUAACCAACUGCAGUUUAUCAACCAACUGUUAAGUUCAAAAUCUGACCGUUGGGAAUUGGAAUGGUUUCAAAUAUGGUUGGAAAAAUCUCUAAAGACCCAUUUAAAAACCAGUAAACACUCCAAGGGCUUUGAAAUUGACGAAGCCUUUGCAAUGAAGAGAAAAUUGUGUCCUGAUAAAUGUUUAUCAUGCAAUAGACCAAUUGCUAGAAAACAUCAACAUCAAGCACCUUCAGGAAAAGAUUGUAAUAUACAAAUUCAGAAAGAGCACUUAGCACACAAAAAUUCGGAGAAAAGAAACACUGUUUUGAAUUCCAACAUCACACAACAUGAAAUUUGGCUGGAAGGACGUGAUGGCAGAUUAUACAAAGGAAGUGAAGAUUUCGCAAUAACCAAUGAGCAAGUAGCAACAAAGUUUGUUAAAACACCAGAAAUUUGUGAAAGUAAUGUAUCACCCAACACUGUUAGCAGAACGGUUCCUACAGAAAAAGAUUCAGUUCCACCUCAACCAUCCAAAGAAGCUUUACUAUUGCAUGAACACUUACAAGUUCAUGCACCUACAAAACGAGCGCAGUCUUUGACUGCUAUGGCUGAAUUGAAUGAAAAUUCUGAGGUAAAACCAGGGAAGACAAGUAUUUAUGCUUCUACUUCACAGAUCGAGAAUGUUCAGAAGUUAACCUUAGAUAACCUUAAGGAUACUGAUUUUGACAAAAAAGAGGUUGGAGUAGGGGGAAAUUGA